CCUGAGAGCCAGAACCGAGGUCUGCGGAGGGGACAGAGAGAGCCGCUGCGGCGCCGUUGACCGUGAGCCUGACCACGGCGGCAGAGCGUUGGCCCACAGCGGGCAGCGCGCUAGGCACUCCGCGUUCCUUGCAGGCCGGAACUCCAAAGCCUUUCCCCGGCUCUGCUCCAGCUUCCGCCUCCGGAAAAUGGGUUUUUAAUUCCAACCCCGACCCCCUGUGGCCGGUGGUGCCAACCUACAGCCUUUAACGGUGCCUUGAAGAGGAAGAGAUUGAGAAGCAAAAUAGCUGCUUACUGUUGAUUGAGCUCCCUAUGUGCUAGGAACGAAGUCCAGUGUUUUACAUGCCUGAGCUCAUUUAAUCUCAUCAACUACCUAUGAGCUGAACACUACUGUAUUAUCCCUAUUUGUAGAAAAGUAUAAUAACAGUGAGAACAAUAAUCGUAAUGGGAGCCCCGUGUAUUGAGUUCUUUCUAAGGGCAGGUACCCUCAUUUGACUCAUUAAUUCUUGAGGUAGGCUUUAUUGUCCUUAUUUCAGAAGAGGGAAACUGAAGCCCAAGGCCACACAAUUGAGGGGCAGAGGCAUAAAUAACACUGUGUCUUCCUCACCCCAAAGCAUGUUCCUAGAAUUCCGGUAGCCUCCUGGAGGCCUUCUUGCUGCUUCUUGAGGGACCUCUGCUCUCUCUGUAGUAACCUGGGCAGGGUGUUCUGUGGCUCAUCAGUCUGGCCUUGAACCACACAGGUGCUUCACCAGCGCAGCAGCAAAUAUGGCGGAUGUGGAGCAGCACGAGGGUUCCAUCCAGGUGCAGGGUCAGAGCCUCUUCUUCCGAGAGGCUCGGCCAGGCGGUGGACAGGCUGCCCGCUUCUCCGUUCUGCUGUUGCAUGGUAUCCGCUUCUCCUCGGAGACCUGGCUGAACCUGGGCACGCUGCACAGGCUGGCUCAGAAUGGCUACCGGGCUGUGGCCAUUGACCUGCCAGGUCUGGGGCACUCCAAGGAAGCAGCAGCCCCUGCCCCUAUUGGAGAGCUGGUCCCCAGCAGCUUCCUUGCAGCUGUGGUAGAUGCCUUGGACCUGGGCCCCCCAGUUGUGAUCAGCCCAUCGUUGAGUGGCAUGUACUCUCUGCCCUUCCUCACGGCCCCUGGCUCCCAGCUCCGGGGCUAUGUGCCAGUGGCCCCCAUCUGCACUGACAAAAUCAAUGCUGCCGACUAUGCCAGUGUGAAGACCUCAACUCUUAUCGUAUAUGGAGACCAGGACCCCAUGGGUCUGACCAGCUUUGAGCACCUGAAGCAGCUGCCCAACCACCGGGUGUUGGUUAUGAAGGGGGCAGGGCACCCCUGUUACCUUGACAAACCUGAGGAGUGGCACACAGGGUUGCUGGAUUUCCUGCAGGGGCUAGCAUGAGACCCAGGCCUGCUGACAGGGGUGGCUGCUGGACUGCCUUGGGCUGUCUCUGUCUCCUUCUUCCCUCCAUGGGUUCCCGCUCAUCAUGUACAUGCAACAGGUGUGUCUCUGUCCUUUGGGUUCUUGUCUUUGGGGUCUAUCUUUUCCUUUUCCUCUUUCUCUUGCAGUGACAGACUAUGGAGGUGAAAUCAAGAAGAAAAGCCUCAGGAAUCAAGAGACAUAAUCUGGUGGAGGGUAAUCCAUUAGCUGGGCUUCUCCUAUAGGUUUUCCUUCCUCUUUGCUUGCACCCCUUUCUCUGCCCUGUUCAGCCUCCGACCUCUCCCUUUGGUUGUCCUAUGGGGCACUCACACCCCUACCCCUGUCUCUUAGAGCACAGAUACAUACAAUACCCACAUGCAUGCUUACAUUUGGGGGCAUCUAUAUCCCAGAUAUGACCCUUCACUUGAGAGCAACCACAGGUACAGGCAACUCUGGGCUAACAUACACAUUGUCACCUGCAGCUUUGCACUGCAUGCACUCACACACAUGCAUUCUUGUGCCUCCACACAUGCCCCCUCCCAACCACGCAGCAUCCAGGAAGGUAGGGACCCAAUGGGGAGGCCCUGGCAGGAGGCCCUCUGCCAGGCUUAGGGGUAGCCAGCCCUGAACUUCAUUCACCCACAGGUUGCAGCUGGCCCCAGACCAAAAUUGCCCCACAAAAGGUGACAUCCUUUCGACCCUCAGAUUUCCCUGCCCUCCCCUCCUCACUUUCUGGGUGCUCCACACCUCCCCAGGUUGUUAGGCCUGGAUCUGCUCAGCCAAGCUUGUUUCCUGCUCUGGAGUUUGGGGGUUGGGGAGUCUGAGAGUGGAGGUCGAUGAAAUAAAGUGAUGCAAUUAGA